AUGGGAGUUGACAAAAGAAAAGACGUAUCCAGCUCUGAUUCUGAAUCCAAGAGAUUGAAGAUUGAUGAAGAAAAGUCCAUGGAACUCAAACCUAAUUCUUCUGGAUCUAAGCAAAGGCAACCUGACUCUCGAGAUGAAGAGGAACCCAAAUCAUUGAGUAAUGUGAACAACAGAUUUGAAAAACGAUGUUGGGAUCCAUGUAAUAUUUACAUAUUUGGAGCGCCUGGAAUGGGGAAGAUCUUCUGGACUAGUAUUGUAUUUCCAGAUGCAUAUAAAAAAUUGACGGAUGAUGAUUGGAAGUGA